UAUAACUGAUAGCGUAAAGGAACAAUUACGGAGAAAAAGUAGAGCUAUGAUGUGGAUUGUUGAUGUUUGUGAUACAAGCAAUUCCAGAUUUGAUCUCGCCAAACAAAUGCAAGCUCUGUUUAGAAAGAACUUUCUAGAUUUCGAUAUAUAUGGAUGCGGCAUACUUGAAUGUCCUGAUGCUGUAUGUCAUAGAAUUAUGGACAAGUAUUAUUUCUACUACGUGGCUGAAACCAGCAAUGCUGUAGAUUACGUCACAGCAGACGUCCUCAAAGCGUAUAAUAAUUACGCUGUGCCGGUUGUAUAUGGAGGUGCUGAUUAUACUAAAUUCCUUCCCACCGGCUCUUACAUCAAUCUCAACUCCAAGUCAUUAGAUGGUAUUGUCGCUUUACUAGAAUACAUAAUGAAGAACCCAGAAGUGUAUUACACCUACCAUAGAUGGAGAACAAAUUACACGAUUAAAAAAACAAAACCUCUGAAAGGUAUCUGUGAAUUAUGCGCCAAAUUGAACGAAUGGAGAGGCACCAAAAUAAAGAAAGGUUUAAGGAAUUGGUGGUAUAAUAAGCCUCUCUUUAACCGAUGUGUUCCUGGUGGAGCAGAAUCAUUUUCGGAAGUGUUUUCUUAUCUUAACCGUUCUAGACAUAAACUUUAAUUUUAAAAAUACUUUUAGGCUUAGUGUACAUAAUAUUUUGAUACGUAAAUACU